UUUUACAGCUGAAUUUGUGUCGUUUAAUAAAUUUCUUUGUUUUUCUAGCAUAUUAAUUUUUUAAAGAAUUUUUGGCGGAAUUCCUUUUUCAUGUAUAAACUACUUAUAGUCAACAAAGUGCAUCCGAAAUCUUAAAGCAACUUUUGGCGUAUUAUAAAAGAAACUUUAAGGCAAUUUCUGAACGUGAACGGAUGCAGAUAGACAACAGUAUAAGAUGGAUGAUUGCUGCAGUAAUGAAAUGCGCAGUCAAACCUUCCAUAAUGUGUUAAAAUCAGUAUUAGAUUCGAAGGUUGUCAACAUCCAAGUCUUUACCGUGGCCGUUGGUAUCCUAUUUAUUGUAAUUCUACUAAAGAAUCGUUUUCGCAGUUUCUGUGGCACUUAACUAAACAAUAGCGCAAUAAGGACUGGAGUUCUGUGGUGAUGUUUAAAACUGGACAUGUAGUAACUUAAUAAAUUAAGAUUCAAUAUAAAAAUCUAAAUUAAAAA